UAUCCCAGAGCUCAGCAGGACCCUGGGAAAGGGAGACAGAGGAUUUAGAGUCCCUGGAUAACAGUCCUUGAAAGGGGAGAAGGGUGUGGAGAAGAGAGGAAAGGAGCUGGAGACCACUCAGAAGAUGGAAUGUUGAGUGGGUGAGGCUCCUGCAUCUCUCAUGCUCCUGCUUCCUUGCAGUCACCAAGGUGGACCCGGAGCUGCCUCCUGAGCCCUCAGUCCCCGGCCUUGAGGGCUGGCAAGAGCCUGCCCGAGAGGCUCCAGCAGGAGGCGCUCUCUCCCCACCCCAACCCGCACACACAAAAUUGGGAAGCCUGGGCCUGGGCUCGCCAUCCCAGGGUCACUGGACUAGGAUGGGGGAUGGGCCUGUGACAAGAGGUGCCCUGGGUGUCCUCUUUCGGCCCCAUGGAGUCCUCCCCCAUCCCCCCGUCAUCAGGGAACUCUUCCACUCUAGGGAGGGUCCCUCAAACCCCAGGUCCCUCUACUGCCAGUGGGGUCCCGGAGGUAGGGCUGCGGGACGUGGCUUCAGAAUCUGUGGCCCUCUUCUUCAUGCUCCUGCUGGACUUGACCGCUGUGGCUGGCAAUGCUGCUGUGAUGGCUGUUAUCGCCAAGACACCCGCCCUUCGAAAAUUUGUCUUUGUCUUCCACCUCUGCCUGGUGGACCUGCUGGCUGCCCUGACCCUCAUGCCCCUGGCCAUGCUCUCCAGCUCUGCCCUCUUUGACCAUGACCUCUUUGGGGAGGUUGCUUGCCGCCUCUACUUGUUCCUGAGCAUAUGCUUUGUUAGCCUGGCCAUUCUCUCGGUGUCGGCCAUCAACGUGGAGCGCUACUAUUAUGUGGUCCACCCCAUGCGCUACGAGGUGCGCAUGACGCUGGGGCUGGUGGCCUCUGUUCUGGUGGGUGUGUGGGUAAAGGCCUUGGCCAUGGCUUCUGUGCCAGUGUUGGGAAGGGUCUCCCUGGAUGAGGGAGCUCCUAGUGUUCCCCCAGGCUGCUCACUCCAAUGGAGCCACAGUGCCUACUGCCAGCUUUUUGUGGUGGUCUUUGCUGUCCUUUACUUCUUGUUGCCCCUGCUCCUCAUCCUAGUGGUCUACUGCAGCAUGUUCCGAGUAGCCCGAGUGGCUGCCAUGCAGCACGGACCGCUGCCCACGUGGAUGGAGACCCCCCGGCAACGCUCCGAGUCUCUCAGCAGCCGCUCCACCAUGGUCACCAGCUCGGGGGCCCCCCAGACCACCCCACACCGGACGUUUGGGGGAGGGAAGGCAGCAGUGGUCCUCCUGGCUGUAGGGGGACAGUUCCUGCUCUGUUGGUUGCCCUACUUUUCUUUUCACCUCUACGUCGCCCUGAGUGCUCAGCCCAUUUUGACUGGGCAGGUGGAGAAUGUGGUGACCUGGAUUGGCUACUUCUGCUUCACUUCCAACCCUUUCUUCUAUGGAUGUCUCAAUCGGCAGAUCCGGGGGGAGCUUAGCAAGCAGUUUGUCUGCUUCUUCAAGCAAGCACCAGAGGAGGAGCUGAGGCUGCCUAGCCGGGAGGGCUCCAUUGAGGAGAACUUCCUGCAGUUUCUUCAGGGCACUGGCUGUCCCACAGAGUCCUGGGUUUCCCGACCUAUACCCAGCCCCAAGCAGGAGCCACCUGCUGUUGACUUUCGAAUCCCCGGCCAGAUAGCUGAGGAGACCUCUGAGUUCCUGGAGCAACAACUCACCAGCGACAUCAUCAUGUCGGACAGCUACCUCCAUCCUAACCCCUCACCACGACUGGAGUCCUGA